AUGACUUUGGGUGCUGAUGAAAUUCAGUUAGAAAAACAAUGGCAAACGAUGUUUCCAUCAAUUAUUUCGGGUCUAUUCGCUUUUUAUGAAAUUCUCUGUUCAAUUGGCGUCGUUGGUUGUGAGUUGGGUAGUGUCCUCAUCGAUAAAUAUAAUUGCACUAUUUACGUGGGAUUUUGGUCUGGUUUGUUUUUGAUUUCUGCAUGGAUUUCACAAGUACUUGCAGUAUCCCGUUGUCUGACGCGUCGAUGUGCAACAGAGACAUUGAUAUUAAAAUGUAUUUCAUUGGUUUUUGCUGUAUGUAUAAUUAGUUUUGAUACGUAUUUUGUAAUUACUCCAACGGCAUGUUUUUACUCGUCAUCGUUAUGCAAUAGUAACGGAACAAGUCGUGGUGUGUUUUAUUCGAAAACAAACUUUAAUCAAGUUAAAAUACCAUUAAUCAAAGCACAAUUAGCCAUUGCAGCAGCAAUGUUUGCUUUCGAUGUCGCUUAUAUUGUAAUGUACGCAGUAACAUGGAAACGAUUGAAAAAAUAUGAACGAUCCGAAGCGAAAGUUUCAAACAAAUCGAAACCAAUGUUUAUCGAUGAUCAUCGGUAUGUGGUUGAAUCCUUGCCAACUACGGAUGGAAAUGUGAUUAACGAAAACGAGUCGACAAAAGUGACUGAUCUUGAUGUGGUAGAUGUUCAUGAAAAUGUGACGGAAUCAUUUCCACCUUCAACUACGAAUCAUACGACUAAAAAUAUUCUCGUAAAAGAAGCAACGUUCGUUGUAACAAAUGCUGAAGAAAUGACAAAGUUAGCUAUGCCCUCGACAAUCCAUUCCGUCAAUAGAACGGUUAUCAUCACAAGACAGACACAUAUUGGAACAGCGAAUAAAGAUUCAAAUAAAUCUUCGCUAUCAGCAAGUAGUAUUACAGCAAAUACUGUUUCAACGAAUGCAGUUCAUCAUUUCAUCAGAGAAAAAAGUACCACAAAUGUUGUAUUGCCAUCAACGACAAGCAUUAAUGCUCUGACUGAUAAUCGUAUUGAUGAACAUACAAUUUCGACUAUUUCAGCAAAAACACAUGCUUGGGAUAUAGAUGAAAACACGGGCAAAUCUCUAUUGCCAACGAAAACUACAUACUACGAUACCGUAAAUCCUAAUGAGAGUGUCAUAAAAUCUUCACGAAAUUCAAUUUCAGUUACGCAUAGUUUAUCUUUGAGUGACAAUACUGAAAGUGUACCUCCAAGAAAAAACACACCAAUACAUGUUUGGGAUGCUGAUACAAGUGUCGUAAAAUCUUUAUCAGAAACAAAUACAGGUAUAAACACAUCACUCUGGAUGGAUAAAACAACCACAAAUCCGACCACAUCACAACCGAUCGACAGAGACAUGUGGACAACUGAUGAAAAGAUUGCUGAGUCUUUGCCGUCAUUUUCAGGUACAAAUAUUGCAGCAGUACAAACUUCUUUCAUCGAGUUUCCUCAUCGUUCCCGGUGGUCGGUCACUUCCGCAGAUUUUCUUUAA